AUGCUGUCUGUCUUCCUAGUAGGCCCUGGCCUGAUCGGUGGAGAGGUGCUCGACCUCCUACUCAAGGAAAAGAAGUAUGAGAUCACCACUCUUGUGCGCAGAGAAGCAGCCCGUCCGGCAUUUCACGAGCUCGGCGUACAAACUAUCCUCGGCUCACUGAGUGACAAAGAUGUGAUUGUGAAGCAAACAGCCGCCAGCGACAUCGUAAUCCACACCGCCACCGCCGACGACUUGCCCUCUGUCCAGGCCAUUCUGGAAGGGGUCCGACAACGCACCCAGCGCGGGCAGCGAACCAUCUACAUCCACACCAGUGGUGCCAGUCUCAUCGGUGAUAACGCUGAGGGGUCUUACAAGAACGAUUGUGUUUUUGACGACGAGAAGCCAAGCUCUAUCGACGCGCUGCCGGACUCCGCAGCCCACCGGGAGAUUGACCUGGCUAUUGUGAAUGCGCGGAAAGAGCUCUCGUCCCAUGCCAAGUUUGCUAUCAUGAUUCCGCCAGUUAUUUACGGUGUCAGCACACGCGAGAAGCGACUUUCUAUCCAGCUGCCGACUAUGGUGCGGUACUCGGUUAAACAUGGCUAUCCCGGUAUGGUCGGUGACGGCCUCGCUGUCUGGAAUCAGGUGCAUGUGAAGGAUCUCGCUCGCGGUUACCUAACUCUCCUACACUGGUUGGAACAGACCUCGUGCGAGGAGGUCGCCGAGAACCCUUACUUCUUCUGCGAGAACGGCGAGGAGCUCUCAUGGGGACAGUGUGCUGCGGAGAUUGGUCGCAUCCUGCAUAAGGCAGGCAAGGUGGCCGAUCCGACUCCCAAGACCAUCCCUACUGAGCACUACAACGAUCUGUUUGGCGAGUAUUCGGGCCUUGUGAUCGGAUCCAACGCACGUAAUCGUGCUAAUCGACUCCGGAAGCUGGGUUGGGAGCCGCGGGAGAAGAGGACCUUUGCCUCCUUGGCGGAGGACGAAAUUCCGCUCAUUCUGCAGGAGACAGGAGAAUUCACAGGGUAUGCUGCUCCGGUUGCAUCGGGAAAGUUUGAGGGCAAGAAGUGA